UGUAUCAGGGAGGAUGCUGGAACUCUAGUUAUUCCCAUCGAGAGACGCGGUUCCCUGAUAAUUCAGUCAAGGCUCUCUGUGGCCACAAGACCAUCGUCUCCAGUAGAGGCUGUUGCUGGUGUUGACUACACGCACUAUGAGUCUAAUUUCAACUACCGAGGAGGAAUCCGCCAGGAUACCCUGAAGUUUGUGUAUAUUCCAAUAAUUGAUGACACUAUUGAAGAGGCACGAGAGAGCUUUGAGGUUACAUUUACCCCAACAAGAAAUUUCUAUCUUCGUAACAACGUCAUCAAAGUCAUAAUUUGCGACGAUGAUGGAGAUCACGUUGACCCUUGUAUAUGUGACGAAGUACCUAUUGAAGUGUGGUUUGAGCCUAGUGCCUACACAGUCAAUGAAGCUUCUGGGACAGUUACUCUGACUAUCAGAACAAACAUAGCAGGUGGUCCACCAGUUGGUACUCUAAGCUUUGGUACAAGAGAUGGAACAGCAACAGCCGAGAGUGACUAUACUUCAACGACAAUGUAUGAAGUAAUGUUUGGCGAAGGUUCCUUCACAGCGUCUGUAGCGAUUCCAAUCAUAGACAACUCCAUAGGAGAAGGGGAAGAGAAAUUUUAUGGCUCAUUAGCUACAAUCGGAGAUGCCAAUGUGUUGAUAACACAAGACACAGCAGAAAUUCAUAUAAUUGACAACGAUGUGGAAGUAUGGUUUCAGCCAACUGCCUAUACUGCCGGUGAGGCUACUGGAACAAUCACCGUCACAAUCAAGACUAACCUAGCGGGGGGACCAGAAGAUGGCUCUGUGGUGUUCACAACAGUAAAUGGAAGUGCUACAGCUCCUAGCGACUAUAUCACCACAACCUAUGACGUUACAUUUGAAGCGACUUCCUACAGCACAACUGUGACCAUCCAAGUAGUUGAUGAUUCAAUAGGAGAGCCUGAAGAAGUUUUCUACGGGUCCCUGAGUCUUGUUGGGAGCUCUCCUGUUAACAUCACUGAAGACAGAGCAAAUAUCCUUAUCACCGAUGAUGACAUACGGGUAUGGUUUGAGCCUACAUUCUACACUGUUAAUGAGAGUUCAGCGACAGUUACUCUGAUUGUGAGAACCAAUGUACCUGGAGGUCCACCACUUGGAGAAGUGGAAUUUUACACGGUGGACAACACUGCAAUCUCGUCCGGAGACUUUAUAGAAGUCUUGGGGUUUCCCGUGAGAUUUCCAGAAGGUUCCUUCACCACGAGAGCAACAGUCAUGAUAAAUGACGACAACAUACUGGAAGAAAACGAAGUAUUCCUCGCCAGACUUCGCCACGUUGGAGUAGAGACAAUAAACAUUGUGGGGGAAGAGGCCCGAGUUAUGAUAGCUGAUAAUGACAUCGCUGUUAUGGGGUUUAGUCCGUCGGAGUACACCAUCAACGAACAAGGGUCUUUUGUGGUCCUCAAUGUUGUCAAUAGGAACCCAAACUUGGAAAGAGAGGUCGUAGUGCAAAUUGGAACACUCUCUGGUUCUGCUGAGGAAGGAUCAGAUUUCAUAGGAAGUGUCCAAACUAUUACAUUCACCUCGGGAAGUACAAGUGACAGUGUGUCGGUGUACGUCAUUGACGACGAGGCAUACGAAGGGACUGAAGAUUUCUAUGCUACGCUCACAACUAUCGACACUAGCGUCAGAAUAUUUGAAGACAAUGCCAACAUCAGAAUCAUCGAUAAUGAUGUGAAGGUGUUCUUUGACGUGGAUACGUACGAAGUCUCAGAGGCCAAUGGAAGUGUUGAACUCUGCGUACGAAGAGAAGGGGAUAUUUCAAGAAGUUUGACUAUUCAGGUCACCUCUGGGGAUUUCAACUCACAGCAAGCGGCAGAUGGAAAUGAUUAUCAAGCGUUUCAGCAGUCUGUGACAUUUGGAACAGAUGAGAACAGAGCCUGUUUUAGUGUAGUCAUACUGGAUGACUCGCUCAGUGAAGGGCCUGAAAACUUUAUCGCCAGAAUUGUAUCCGAAACAAGUGGAUUUCAUAUAGGCACUCCUGAUACAACUAUUGUAUCUAUUGCAGACGAUGAAAGUCUCAUCAUUGACUUUGUUGCAUCAGAGUAUACCGUUUCUGAAGAUGAAUCUGUCGUUUCAAUAUGUUUGAGAACCAAUACUGGCAUUGAUGAACCAGUCAAUGUUAUCAUCACAACAAGGCAUAUAUCAACUUCUGAUGGUGACUAUGACACCAGCGCUAAAGUAGUGAUAAUUUCAGCAUCUCCAGAGGCCUCAGUGACUUGUACAGAUAUCGCCAUUACAGACGACACUAUUGUGGAGUGGAAUGAGGAUUUCCACGUGGCCUUUGAGAUUCCUCCAGGCACAAUUGCCAAAUCAGGAGUCUUUAAUGUCACACGAAUAGUCAUUGUUGAUGACGACGAGGCAAGAAUAGGUUUUAACCCAAGUUCAUAUACUGUGGAAGAGAGUGCUGGAAUUGUGAUUUUUGAAGUAGAGAACAUGACUCCAGUAAUGGAGCGAGAUGUAAUUGUGCAAUUUUACACCAGCGAUGGCAGCGCAUCAGAUGGAAGCGACUUUAUUGGCGUCCAAAGUAUCUUCUCACAUACACUGACAUUUUCUGCUGCUGAAACCAAGAAGUACGUCAUUGUCCCAGUAAUGGAUGACACCAUUUUUGAAGGAAGUGAAGUGUUCUAUGGACAUCUAGUAACUCAACACAGUGGCGUUUCUAUCACGGAACAAAAUGCUACUGUUGUCAUAACUGACAAUGAUUUUAUUGAGAUUGGAUUCACUCCAAAUAGCUACAUUAUUGAAGAGGGGGAAACUGCUGUGCUGUUCAUUGAGAAUAGAUAUCCUGACAUGGAGACUGAAGUCACAGUUCGCGUGGAGUUUACUAGCGGAACUGCAACAGUUCAAGAGGACUUUGUUGGGUCUGCUGUCAAUGUCACCCUUUUGCCUGGUGACACACAGGUGAAAGUGUCAGUGCCAACUACCAAUGAUGUCGUGUUAGAAACCACCGAAGAGUUUUAUGCCAGGGCAACGCUGUUUAUCUCUCGCGUGUCUGUUUUUGAGUCCAGUGCGAGUAUCCUCAUACAGGACAAUGACGAGGUUUGGGUGUCUUUUGAGUCUGACAUCUAUUUGGUGGACGAGGACAGAGGACCGGUAGUGGUGUGUAUAGCCAGAGAAGGAGAGAUAUCAGAGACUCUCACAGUGCAAGUUUCCACCUCUGAGUUGGAGCCACUUGAGGCCAAAGCUGGUGAUGACUUUUUACCAAUCAGCGGAGUUCCAAUUCAGUUCAGACCUGAUCAGUACCGGACCUGCUUCCCAAUUGCUAUUGUCAACGACGACGAGUACGAGGGUUUUGCAGAAAACUUUACAGUCACCAUAGCAACUCUACCACUAGGAGUGAGCCUUGGAGAGUCUUACACGACCACUAUAUCAAUUCUUGACAAUGAUAAAUUAGAACCAAUCUCUGCUGAGCUGUGUGGAGAUGUGUGUGACAGACUGGAUAGAAUCGAUGCUCUGCUGGAUAAAAUCUGUGAUAAACUGAACAUUCAGGGAGAUCAGCUCGUGGAAGUAUUAAGACUGUUUUCCAACACACUGCCAGAAAAAUAAUGCACAAAUAUCUGUUGCACCAAAAGUUCUUAUAUAAUUAUCGUUCAUUAUGCACAAGAUCAUUUAAAGAUGUGAAA